UUGAGAGAAAUUAUUCAUACAUCUCCGACCAAACAUGUAAUUUUUCAUUUUAAUUUUUCACUCCCAUUUUUGUCAAUAAUUACUAUUCGCGAACUUUGUGCAUUAAUAUUAACACAAUUUUAUUAUUCAUUUUUUUUUCAAAAAUAUUUUUUCAAGUGUCCAAUUUUUUUCUUUCAGAAUAUGUCGGUUUGCGUCUCACCGUCAAUAACUCAAACAUUGAUGAUUGACGAGAAUUUAGCGUGUCCACAAUGUCCCAAAAUGUUCACAAGCACAAAAUUAUUGCAGCAACAUCAACAAAUGUUUCAUACAGAUAAGGUACUGUAAUUUCAGAUUGGAUUCUUGAGCUAAACUGAAAGAAUAGUGGUAGUGGGAGGGUAUUUGUUUACUUUUCACGUUUGUUUGCACUUUUUUCUAUUGGGUAAGCGGGGUACUGUAUUUGCUUGUAGGAAUUGAAUAAAAUCAAUCGAUAAAUCGAUCUUGAUUUUGAAUUCUUCAGAAUACUGUAGUUUUAAAUUGUUUAGGAAGAAUCCACAUGUUUUCUCAAAAAUCAUUACAUUUAUUAUCAUCUAGAAAUUUUUUUCAUACUAUCCGAUGAUUUUGGAGCAAAAAGUGAUGAUUCAAAAAAUUUCGAAAUCCACCCACUCAUUUAGAAAAACCAUUUAUCUUUAUUAUUACAAAAUGUGAAUCGAACCGGUGUCUGUCUUGUUUACAACAACACCUGACCCACCAAGAAAGUCAGAAUCACUGUACUAUGGUAACCAAGCAGCAGAAGAAGAAAAAAGAAAGAUGAACAGCUCGUUUCUCCUCGUUUCUCAUUCUUACUCAACACAGCUGGCACAAAAAUGAGCUGGUGCCUGGGAGGAUACUUUCCGAAAUGUUUUGUGUGUGUGUGAGGGAAAAGCCAGAUGCUUCAUCAUUCUUCUAGCUGCCUGUGUGUGUGUGCGCUGUUUUUCUGUGAAUGUGCGCAUUUGAGCACACCACAUACAUAUUCACUCACAUACACAACAAAUCUCGUCUCUUCUUUUCUUUUCGUUCGCGCAAAGAUCUGUAGAUGAGAUAUAGUGUGUAUGGGUUUGAAGGAGAGUGUUGACAAGUUUCAAUUAACUGCUGCCAAACGACUGUCGCUGUCAGGAGAUGUGAAUGCGGGGGGAGAGAAAAUAAAGGCGAGAGAUGCAAAUUUAAUCAUUUUACGCUUGGCGGAAAAUGAACCGACAGACGGUUGCUUGUCAAAUUGUGUCAUUUUAGAAUUGCAGAAUUGAAAAAAAGGGAGAUUGGAUUUAAGACAAACGAGUGACAGCAGCUGAAAUUUUUUGUGUUCUUUUUUUUUGAUGGAAUGAGAAAUGUGAAAUAGGAAAUUGGAAUUUGAAGAUUGAAAAUUAAAAAAAAAUGUAGCAGGGUUCAACGUAAAUUUUUCCAGGCAUUCAUCUGUGAAACAUGUGGCAAAGCAUUUCGGUUUCGUUCAAAUCUGGCGGAACACCGUUCUGUUCACACUGCCCUGAAACCAUAUGUCUGCAAAUUCUGCGGAAAAUCGAGUCGGCUCAAAGGUUUGAUCUUUUUCCCCUACAUUUUCUGUGCAAUCAUUAAUUUCACAGCCCACCACCUCAUACCGAACAGCUAAACACAUGUUUUAUUACAGGAAACUUGACAAAGCACAUAUUGAAACAUCACAAAAAAGAGGCUGAUGAACCGAUUGGAAAAGAUGAUAUUAUUGUGAAAAAGAAUGAUGGACCAUUACCAGCACCAUCUUGGAAUGGUGGAUCAAAUGGGGGAAGUGGAAGUAGUGGAUCUGGAACUCCAAGUGUUUUGAAUAAUAUCAAUAAUAAUCAUAGUAUUAAAAUGGAAUUUGAUGAUUCAAGUUUCUUCAGUUCAUUUUCAACAACAUCACAAGGUGAAAAUGAGAAGCCAAUUCUUUUGCCAAAAACUGAAUUACCAACAUUAACAACUGGCGGAGCAGGACCAAGCGAUCAAGAACGAUCAAUUUUCAUUUCUCUUGGCCUUGAUUACAGUAACUCGAUUGACUUGCGCGAAUCGCCAGAAACAAGCGUUUCACCAGAUAACGGUUAGUCUCCUUCUUGUUUUUUUUUGGGGUUGGCAUCUGGCGAAAUAAAAUAUUCUGGGUUAGGAAGAUUACUGUAGAUCACAGCACACAUAAACUUUUAUAUCAUUGCGGAGGAAAAUGGGGCAGCAUAUGUUUUCUUUCUCUUCCUGUUUUUUUUUGUAUUGAAUUGAAAAAUAGAUAGAUAGAUAGGUAGAUAGAUAGAUCUAGAGCAAGCGGUAUGGUUAAAGGGAUGCACCUGUCAGCAAGAAAGAGCUUAAAGGAAAGAAAGAUUUAAUUGGAGCAAUAGAAAGCAGGAAAAGGGAUUUGCGUGGGCUUCUUUCCGGUGUUUUUAAUUGGGUGUAUGAAUAAGUCUCACAUUUUGUUUUUCGAAACGUUUUUAAUCUAGGUAACCAUCUUUUUUUUCGUUCGUCAACAUGUCAGCUACAUUUUAUAUAUACAUACAUCUAUGUGUAUAUAUACGAAAAAAACAGUGCAUUUGAAAACUCCAUCUUUUUCCUUCAUCUUCAGCAUUUUCCUAUCGAUUUUCUGUGUGUUUGUGACAGACGGACCAACUAUUUCCCCCGUCCGACUGUUUGAGAAAAGAAAAAGAAGAAGCUCAAGCUCUUUUUUUUCCCUUCUUUCUCUUUCUUUUUCCUGACUGACUCAGUGUGUGCUCUUUUCUGUGCUUUUUUCAUUCUGUCAGCCCAGCGUUUUUCAAGCACCAACGCGCACCAUUCUUCAGAUUGGAAAAGGAAAGGGAGAGAAAAGGGACCAAGGUUGUUUUUGUUGCAAUAUAGUAGAGAAGGGGGGAACACGAAAAAUGGUGGGGGUCAUUUUCGAUGUGAGCAGAGCAGUCAGACAGGUGGCGAUAAUGGCUCCGUAGGGCUCGAAAUCUCGAGUGGAUGUCGAUUACCAAAAUAUAUCGGGGAGCUACAGUAAAACAAAAGACAGAAAUUGGAGAGAAGAGAAAGGAACACCCACAAUUAGCAAAGCAAGCAUCUGGCGAUUCAAAGUCGUUAUGACAGAUGAUACUGUUUUGAUGAGAUUUUGUUUUGACAGAGACUCUUUUCCUCUCCUUUCAAAAUUGUUUGCACUUUUUCCAAAUGAAUGACUCAUGUUUGUGCAUGUGUCAUAAAAACUUAAAUUAAAUUUAAUCAACAUCUCUUAAACUACAGUACCCUAAAACUUUUAAUUUAGAAUUUAAUUUUGAGAAAAAAAAGAGAGAAAAGUAAAUAGCCCACCCUGUAUAAUUAAGAUUCUUUGGGGGUGGGUGGAAGAAAUUUCAAGCGACAAAAAAAAGAAACGUCCAAUUUAAUUUGCGCGAAAUUGUUUGUUUACGGCUUCUUUUCCUGCCACAGUUUUUGCGUUAAUUAACAAUUUCUGGUGCAGGGAAGGGGGGCAAAGCAAAAACCAACCAACUGUCAGCCAUCUGCUCUACACCGUAUAAAAUGAAUAGAAGAGAAGAGGGGAUAAAUAAAGAUUUUGUGGAAAAAAUAGAAUUGAUGGGAAAAUACGCUGUAACCUAGACAACCAGGAAAAAUGAUAAAUAAAAACAAAAAAGCAUCUGAUUUAUUUUCAGUCAAAGAUAUGAUCGAUAGUGAUAAUGGUUAUGAUAGUCCAAUUCAAAAUACAGUUGGUGGAGAAGCUUCGUUGGCUGCUUUGAUCGCACAAGUUAGCGCAAGUCCACCACAUGAAUCCAGUGGAAAAUCAACAAUUAUUGGCCUAGCUCAACAACAAAACGGUCAGGGAACACAAUGCCCUGAAUGUGGAAAACAUGUCAGAAAAAGUGAGUUUUCUUGAAAAUUUUUCAAUUUUUGCCAUUCAUUCAUUCACUCAUUCACAUACCCAUUUCUCUCUCAUAGUAUCCAAAUAUGGGGAGAAAACGAACGAAAAAAUAAUAUUGGCAAGCACUGUGUACACAAAGCACAUGCAAAUUUUCAAUAUAGAUGUAGAAGGGGAGAUCUAACACAAACAACAUCGAGAGGGAAAAAAGCCCUAGGGAGUACUAUUACCAUUUUGUUUGAGUUCAGUAUCAAAUUCUUUUUUUUUUCUGGUUCUUUCUCGGUAGCACAUUCAUUCACAGGGAAAAAUAGUUAGAGAAAGGCGAAUAAAUCUUUUACAUACUGUGUGAAAAUAAACUAUGUACUAUGCACAUUACAAAAAACAACGCCACAUGUUUCUUGGAAAACAGUUGGUUGGGGAAACAAAGAAGUUUUGUGAAUAAUUUUUCUCACAAUCUGAUCAUAAAACACAUUUUUUCAGGUUCUUAUCUACCUGUACAUAUGACACUUCAUCAUGGAUUUCCACCCCCAGAGGCUGGAAUUCUAGCUGCUGUUGAAGAUAAGAAUUUGGAAGAUAUGGGGGAUGAAAGUUAUCAAAAUGAAUUGCGAGUUAUUGCAAAUGCUAUUUGUGAUUUGAAAGCUCAACAAUUAACGACACCAAAAAUUGAGCAGGUUGGUAUUUUGAACUUACAGUAAUUCUAGAAAAAUAAUAUUCUGAUUUUCAGCUGUUGAGUGGAAUUGACGCACGAGUAAAUCGACUAGAGAAAAAUAUGGAGAUGGCGCUGAAUUCGAUUUUGACAUUAGUCCAACUUCAAACCGGAAUGAAUAGCAGUGUGAAUCGAUUUAAAGAAGAUGCUGCUGGAAAACUGAAUGACAUCAAAAUUAUAUUAGAACAAGCCACAACGGCCGACUGA